ACCGUCUGAAAAGGACGUCAGUAUCCGACGGCGCACCGUACAGUCCUGUUGCCGGUUGGACCGUAGCUCGCCCAUUAUUUAUAACCAAACUCACAGAAGACCAAGAGAAAUUGAUCCGCGGUGCGCGUGCCUCGCCCGAAAAACCGAUAGGCAGCACGAAACGUCGCCGCCGUCAAACCCAAAAACCACCACCCGUUAUCAUUCAUUCGGUUUUGUCGUUGUCUCCUUAACCCAAAAUCGAACAUAACCUCUCUCUUCUCGUUCCGAUCCCGAAACGCCAAAACAGAAUCCGACCGCCGGCUACUACUAUUAUUUGCUUGGCGAACGUGUGCGCGCGUGUGCUGUACGCAAAAGAAUGCACGCCUGACUCUCUGAACCAGAACUUCACGGUGGUGGCUGCCAAAUGCUGCUACCAGAGGUGGUGCGACGCCGCUACAUGGUCGUCGUUUGAAGAUUCGGAUUUUCAAAACCCAAAAUAUCAUUAUUAACGUCAUGCGUUCACUAAAGCAAGAAAAUUGAAUUGUUUCUGAAAAGGCGUCCAUAAAAUCCAAAAGAACCAUUAAACAAUGAUGCUCACUAGCGAGAAAUUGAAAUGCGAUGUGCCCACAAAAUUUGACCGAAGGACAUCGACGUCAGAUUGGGACCCAACGCGUGCGCCGCGCAUCCGGUAGGCAAAAAGAACAUCGCUACCCGAAUGACAGGAUACCGAGUAGAUCGGUGCAACACUCGGUAAUAAAACCACCGAAAACUCUGACUUCACUUUGUCGUCACGCAGUGCCCAUUGUGCUGUUCACGGUGUGUGCCCUUUAUGCAGGGACAUUGGUCGCUCAAAGGACCACGGCCUCAAGCCACGCGGCCGUCCGUAGCCAUCAGCUAUCAGCGGCAGCAUACAUCUUCGUUGUAGUUACGCUGACUGUAGCGACCAGGUGCUAUGCAUCGCCGCACCAAAACGGCAUUAACAUCAGUCCGACUAAAGAUUCCAGCAGCCGUUCGAGCACUUCCAAAAUAGUUUUAGGUAGUUUUAACGUCGAUUCGUCACAUACCAGUGAUAUUAGUUUAAUAAGUCGCGAAAAACGCGAGUACCUUUCGACGGUCGUCAAUACGCUCAAUCGAGAGUCGUCGGUUCCAUCUCGAUUUCGAACUAAAUACAAGGUGCAAGACUCCAGCCCCGAAACGGACUCUUUCGCGGGAAAUACAACCUCCGUCGCACCCAGUGAGUUAGUCGGUAGUAGUGAUGAUGGUAAUGACACGCGUGUGAGGGACUCGUUCAACGGCCACAUUCACUUGAAGCAACGCUCCCAAGAGCGAGAAGAUCAUAGUCGGGACUUCACCAUUAGACGGCCGAUGCCUCCUGCUCAUGUCCCAGACAAUGCAUUGAACGAUUCCAGUGUUUUGGUGCUAGUGGUGUCUGUGGUGGUGCUGACGAUUGCGCUGGGGUUGGUCACGUGCGUUCUCAACCACUAUAGGGCUACGGCUGCCAAUCCGCAAGAAGUCGGACAAACACCGACUACUACACCG